AUGGAGAUUUGGAUUUGGGGUCAAGUACUCUGGGUUCCUGCAUACGAGUUGAAGAAUCCCCAAAUAACAAGCAAUCUUGACGUACCUUACUUGGUAUGUGGACUCUUGGAGGCAUCUUCUCUUUCAUAUAUGUGUGAUGAUAGUAAACCUUGUAUUAGCAGAUUUGAUGAAAUCAGUUUCCGUAUGUGCAGAUUGCUGUUGCGUGGGAUCUGGAUGUUGCGCUACAAGAAGAUCCACUCUAUGCGGAAGGUCCGCAUUUUCUGCUGCGAUCCUGAUGCAACUGAGUCCUCCGAUGAUGAGGAUGAUCAAAAUUCCAAGAAAGAAAAGAAAAUUAUAAGAGAGGUUCUAGUUCCAGUUAGGAAAUAUAAGACCUCGAGACCUCUAAAAGCCAUCAUGCCAUGUCGAAUAAAGGAUCUGAAAAGUCCAGAGAGGAAGGUACCAUUGAGCAGGUACUGUGGUGUGCGCCUGCGGGACUCAGGUCGGUGGCAAGCAGAGAUUCGCAAUCCUUUGACAAAGAGACGGGAGUACAGUUUACAUGACACUGAGGAGGCUGCUGCUGCAACAUAUCAGGCAAAAUGGUUCCAGUUCCACCCAGAGAUGCUGGCAAUGAAAGCUCAAGAGCCUGUGCCAGAACAUGCAGCUUUGUCCAGCUCGUCCUUGGUUUCCUGUGCCUCUUCAUCUGUGUUAUGCAAGCAGAGCGUACAAGAAGCGCAGCAGAAUGGAGUAUCCAUGGAGAUUUCAGAGGAUGAGCUUCUCCACCAUGAGCCUAUGGAUGAAAGCUUACUGAACUCCUCCACCCCUAUGGAGACUUCAGAGGAUGUCAUGCUAAACUGGAAAGAUGAGCUUCCUUUCAUUGACUCUGUCAGCCCAACUGAUGAACCCCCACUCGAUGAUCUCACCAGGCUGGAAGCUAUGUUCCCCGUCAGUGAUUUUAUUGAUGCUACAUAUGAACCUGCCUCUUCAAUUCAAGGAACCAGAGUUCGAUCUGGAUGCAGAGCUUGA